AUGCCAACAAGGCUUCAUAAUACACGUAAGCAUAGGGGACAUGUAUCAGCAGGUUACGGAAGAGUUGGUAAACAUCGAAAACAUCCUGGUGGUCGAGGUCUUGCAGGUGGCAUGCAUCAUCAUCGUAUCAAUUUAGAUAAAUACCAUCCAGGAUAUUUUGGCAAAGUAGGAAUGAGGUAUUUUCAUAAAACAAAUAAUCAAUUUUGGAGACCAGCGGUAAAUAUUGAAAAAUUAUGGACCCUUGUUUCAGAAGAAGAAAGAGAAAAAUUUUUAAAUAAAAAAACAGAUACAUCUCUUGUUAUUGAUACUCUUUCUUAUGGAUAUGGAAAAGUUCUUGGAAAAGGUCGUCUACCUAACACACCAAUUGUUGUUCGUACUCGAUGCAUUUCAAAAACUGCUGAAAAAAAGAUCAAAGAAGUUGGUGGUGUUGUUGAGCUAAUUGCAUAA